UGUCUCGAUGCUUUUAAUUAAAGUUUUUCUACAUGAUAAGCCCUUCUCCUCUUGGAACGUGUAUAACAAUGUGUUGCUCUUUAAUGCUACAUAUUCUUAUUUCUUGUUGAUCUUAUUCAAGUCGUAUUCUCUUCCCCUUAUUUUUUUUUUCUAUGUUAUUCUUUACAUACAGAGAGCACUUAUAACUGCCUUUGUGCUUGUGUCCAGCUUGACUCGCAGUUGGUACUUUUUUUUUUUUGAUAGCUUUCAUUAGAUAAAAAUGAAAGCAUAAGUCAUACGUACGUGAUUUCAUGAUAGGUUUUAACAUAAAUCAAAAAAAAAAUAGACCAUUUUCUACUGCUAUGAGUUUGAGCUUUUAUCUUUUCUUUGAGGUGCUAUAUUGCUUCAAUGGAAAACGUAAUAAAUCCGCGAUCACUGAUUGGGUAGUUUGUCUUCCCUACGUUACGCAGAAAAUAAAAAUUAUCACAAAUAAGGAGUUACAGAAAGAAGUCUUCCCACAGUG